GCACCUCCAGGCGGGAAUUUGCCCAGGAGCUGAUGAUUUCGUCCCCGCUGACCGGCUCUGUCUCCUCUCUUCCAGGUGUGUGCGGCUGCUGCGGCGCCCUGCGUCCUCGCUACAAAAGACUCGUCGACAACAUCUUCCCUGAGGACCCGGAGGAUGGACUGGUGAAGACCAACAUGGAGAAGCUGACAUUUUAUGCCCUGUCUGCCCCGGAGAAGCUGGAUCGCAUCGGUGCCUACCUCUCUGAGCGGCUCAUCCGAGACGUGAGCCGGCACCGAUACGGAUAUGUGUGCAUUGCCAUGGAGGCCCUGGACCAGCUCCUCAUGGCCUGCCACUGCCAAAGCAUCAACCUCUUCGUGGAGAGCUUCCUGAAGAUGGUGGCGAAGCUGCUGGAGUCGGAGAAGCCCAACCUGCAGAUCCUGGGGACCAACUCGUUCGUCAAGUUUGCCAACAUCGAAGAGGACACGCCGUCGUAUCACCGCAGCUACGACUUCUUCGUCUCCCGCUUCAGCGAGAUGUGCCACUCCAGCCACGACGACCUGGACAUCCGGACAAAGAUCCGGAUGUCCGGCAUUAAAGGCCUGCAAGGGGUGGUGAGGAAGACGGUGAACGACGAGCUCCAAGCCAACAUCUGGGACCCACAGCACAUGGACAAAAUCGUGCCCUCGCUGCUCUUCAACUUGCAGCAAGUGGAGGAGGCCGAAAGCCGCUCCCCCUCCCCGCUGCAAGCCACCGAGAAGGAGAAGGAGAGUCCGACGGAGCUGGCGGAGAGGUGUCUGCGGGAGCUGCUGGGCCGAGCGGCGUACGGCAACAUCAAGAACGCCAUCAAACCUGUCCUCAUCCACCUGGAUAACCACUCGCUCUGGGAGCCGAAGAUCUUUGCCACGUGCUGCUUCAGGAUCAUCAUGUACUCGAUCCAGGUCUCCAACCCCCUGCUGGGGCAGCUGCGGCUCAGCAUCGACUACGCGCUGACGGGGAGCUACGACUGCGUGGCCGGCGUCAGCACCAAGAUCAUCAAGGAGCACGAAGAGAGGAUGUUCCAGGAGGCCGUCAUUAAAACCAUAGGGUCCUUUGCCAGCACGCUGCCCACCUACCAGCAGUCUGAGGUGAUGGUCUUCAUCAUGAACAAGGUGCCGCUACCCUCCUCGCAGCAGUCCAUCGAGGCUGGCAAAGCUGGGGAGAACCGGAAUCGGCUGACACAGAUAAUGCUCCUGAAGUCCCUCCUCCAGGUCUCUGUGGGCUUCCAGUGCAGUAACAUGCUCACGGCUCUUCCCAGCGCCUUCCUGGACAGGCUGCUCUCCGCAGCUCUCAUGGAGGACGCUGAGAUCCGCCUCUUCGUCCUCGAGAUCCUCAUCAGCUUCAUCGAUCGCCACGGGAACCGGCAGAAAUUCUCCACCAUCAACACCAUCAGCGACAUCUCGGUUCUGAAGCUGAAAGUGGACAAAUGCUCGCGCCAAGAUACUGUCUUCAUGAAGAAGCACGGCCAGCAGCUCUACCGGCACAUCUACCUGAUAUGCAAGGAGGAGAGCAACGUGCAGGCUCACUACGAGGCUCUCUACAGCAUGCUGAUGCUCAUCAGCAUCGAGCUGGCUAACGAGGAGGUCGUCGUGGACCUCAUCCGCCUGGUGCUGGCAGUGCAGGAGAUUGCCCAGAUCAACGAGGAUAACUUGACAGCGUACAACCGCUGCGCGCUCUUCGCCCUCGGUGCAGCUUACCUGAACCUCAUCAGCCAGCUCACCACUGUGCCCACCUUCUGCCAGCACAUCCACGAGGUUAUUCAGAUGCGACAGAAGGAAGCUCCCUAUCUGCUCCCUGAAGAUGUGUUUGUGGAGAGACCCAGGUUGAGCAAGAGCCUUGACCGCCUAGGCCCAGAGGUCUUCUUCUGGCAGAGCAAGAUCAGCGAGGUGCUGGGUGGCAGUGGCUACAACUCGGACCGGCUCAGCACACCCUACAUCCCCCAGCUGACUGAUGAAGAUCGCUUGUCCAAGAGGAAGAGCAUCGGUGAGACCAUUUCCCUGCAGGUUGAGGUGGAGUCGAGGAACAGCCCUGAGCGAGAGCAGAGAGCACCAGCAGAAGAGAUCACGUACGAGACGCUGAAGAAGGCAAUAGUAGACAGCGUCGCCGUGGAGGAGCAGGAGCGGGAGCGGAGGCGGCAAGUGGUGGAGAAAUUUCAGAAAGCCCCGUUUGAGGAGAUCGCCGCCCACUGCGGCGCCCGGGCGACGCUGCUGCAGAGCAAGCUCAACCAGAUCUUCGAGAUCACCAUCCGGCCACCACCAAGCCCCUCCGGCACCAUCACAGCCGCCUACGGCCAGCCCCAAAACCACUCCAUCCCAGUGUACGAGAUGAAGUUCCCGGACCUGUGCGUGUACUGA